GGGAUGUUCUGGAGUGACAAGUGGUUCAUACCCAAUACAGAUCUCAGUGCAGCCAAAGGGUGGGAUUUCAAAAGAACGUUGCCCAGAAAAUAAUGAUGGUGCUGCUGUGAAAUACACUCACAGCCUUCACUUUAUUCAUUAAAUACAUGCUUUGAGGUGACACAUUAUGAAUUCUCUGGGGAAUAUUGUCUAAAUAAUUCCGGUCGGAAACAGGGACCGUCACUCAAUUCGGUAACUCACGGAAAAGCGAAAGUGAAAGUUUUCAGGGAGGGACGAGCUGUUGUGAACGUGUUUACUCUUUACAGAUCUGUUGGAAAAAAGCGGAAAAUCUUCGAUCAGGUUGUGGGAAAGUAAGAGGUCUGUUGAAGAGUCAUACGGACUUGAAACGUUAACUGUGUUCCUCUCCGCAGAUGCUGCCAGACCUGCUGAGUUUUUCCAGGGAUGGUUAUUCUGCUAAGAUCUCUCAAAGAUGGAAGGAAUUGACCUCAUCGUGCUUUUACUCUUUGGGAUUCCGUUCUCUGUAUCUGGUAAAUUCACAGUUACUGGACCAAGUCAACCUGUUAUAGCCAUUGUGGGUGAAGAUGCCCUCUUGGAUUGUCAGCUUGUACCAGAGAGAUUUGUCAGCAACAUGGUGUUGCGAUGGUUUAAAUCAGACUUUGGUUUACCAGUACACGCGUACAGAAACGGACAAGAUGACACUGUUGCUCAACACAAGGAUUACAGAGGAAGGACUGAACUGUUUAAGGAUGAAGUGACCAAAGGAAAUGUUUCUCUUCGAAUAAAGAACACAAGGGUGUUUGAUGAGGGGAAAUACCUAUGCACAGUUGAUGAUAAAACAGAUAUUGAAGAAACUGAGAUAGAGCUGAAAGUUGGAGCUUUGGGACGUGAGCACUGGAUCCAGAUAGAUGGAUACCAUAAAAAUGGAAUUCAGCUUGUGUGUGAAUCUAAUGGAUGGUUCCCUAAGCCACAGAUACUGUGGACUCAUGGGGAUGGACAGAACUUGAAAGCACAGUCUGAAAUGAAUUACCAGCAAGACUCGAAAGGUCUUAUUAAUGUCCAGAGCUUUGUUGCUGUAACAAGAGAUGCAACAAACAGGUUCCAGUGUCUCAUACAGAACAAACUGUUGAAAAAAGAACAAGAAGCAGCAAUCCAGAUAUCAGAUGAUUUCUUCCCGACUGUCUCAGGUUGGCUGGUGUUUUUAUCUGUAAUCCUCUGUCUUCUGAUAGUAGCUUUUACUACUGGGAUCGUUUGGAUUGUGAAACAACUUAGAAACAUCAAAGAACUCCAACAUGACAAGACUAUUAAACAAUUCGAUCAGUGGAAAUCUGUUAGUGAUUCAGAUUGGAAGAAUAUAUUUGUGUGUGCAGCCCCUGUAACCCUGGAUACAGAAACAGCAAAUCCAAGGCUUGAGGUAUCUAAGGAUCUGAAGAACGUGAGAUUGACCCAGACAGAGAGGAGUAUCCAUGACAGUGCAGAGAGGUUUACAGUCUGGGAAUCUUUGCUGGGAUCAGAGGGAUUCACAUCGGGCGCACACUACUGGGAGGUGGAGGUGGCGGGGAAUCAGCACUGGACUCUGGGAGUAGCCAAAGAGACUGUGGACAGGAAGAAAGAUAUCCAAUUGUUACCACAAAAUGGAUUCUGGACCAUUGUGAGGGCUGAGGAUAAAUUUCAGGUAAACUCUGACAAUCAACCUGACAUCCAUGCUGGUGAGAUUCCCAUGAAGAUUGGUGUUUAUCUCAGUUAUGAUUCUAGGAGAGUUUCAUUUUAUGGUGCAAACAGAAAGGUUUACCUCUACACUUUCACUGGGUGUGAAUUUACAGAGAAACUUUAUCCUUUCUUCAGUACGACACAUCUUAACAAAUGGCUGAGAAUCUGCCCAGUUCAACAUUAGUUCUUUAAAAGAUCUCUGACCUCAAGGUUUCUACAAAAUACUUUCCGGUUUGACACAAAUGUAAAUUCAUUUUGCAACAGUAAAACCCCCUCUGCCUUUGUGUUCAUGUAAAUAAAAGUUAGGAACAGAUUAA